AUGGCCGCCGAAGCAUCACAACCACCGCCAACAUCAGCAGAAAUGAUCGAUGUUGACACAAGUGCAGACGAAGUUUUGCUGGCAGCAACGAACCACGAUCUGGAGACUUUGAAGGCCUUGUUGCGGAAGGAUCCACUCUUGGCCAAGGUCCAGGACAGCGACACCGGCUUUUCGCCACUUCAUGCAGCCAUUGCUAGUUGUGAAGCCGAGGAGGAAGACGACGAGCAGGAGCAGACGAAUGGCGAGGGCGAUGCAUUGAACAAGAAUGCGCUUGACGAGGAGGGUGCACUACAGACAGUCAAGCUGUUGUUUGAGAAUGGAGCGAUUUGGAACGAGCUUGACAAUGCGGACGAGACGCCUGGAUGUCUGGCGUUGCGACUCGGACUGCGGAGACUGUAUGAAACGAUUGUGGAUGCUGGUGUCAGGGCAGAGUUGUUGUUUGGACGGCUAGACCAGUAUGCUGCACUAGCUGGCGAUGACGAUGAAGAAGAGGACGAGGAGGAGACUGCGGCACAGGAGGACGAGGCCAUCGUAGGCUUUGAGCCUUCGCCAGUUGAGCCUCGGUCGAAGGCGCCAUGGCAGCAAAGCAACGGUACUAUCAAUGGUGGAGAGGAUGUCCAGGGGUUUGAACCAGCACCAAAUCCUUCGUACAAGAUCGACGACGAAGCACAGGCAGGAGCUGCGACCGCAGACAAGCCAUCAGAUUCCGCGGAGACGGCAGCAGAAAAGACAGCAGAACCGGUCCUUUCCAACCCCAACGUCAACAACGAAGACUAUCUCAAAUCCACCCUCACCUACUCCGGCGACCGUCUCCUCGACUCGGACAAGAACGCCGUGAUGAUGGACUGGGAGACGGAAAUCAUGAAGACCUCGGCGGACCAGCUCGCGCACAAACCAGGGCUUCGAACUAUGAAUGUCGGCCAUGGAAUGGGUAUAGUCGAUCGCAUGUUCCUCGAGAACAACCCCAGCAUGCAUCAUAUCUGCGAAGCGCAUCCAGCUGUAAUUCAAAAAUUGAAGGAGACGGGAUGGUACGAGAAGCCUAAUGUCACAGUCCACGAGGGACGAUGGCAGGAUGUCCUACCCAAACUCGUCGAGCAAGGUGUCGUACUUGAUGGCAUCUACUACGACACCUACGCAGAAGACUAUGCGGACCUGAAGGAGUUCUUCACGGAGUAUGUCAUUGCUUUGCUGGAUAAGGAUGGCAAGUUCGGAUUUUAUAAUGGCCUGGGUGCGGAUAGGCAGGUAUGCUACGAUGUCUACACCAAGGUUGUUGAGGUGGAUCUGUUCGAUGCUGGGCUGGAUAUUGAGUGGACGGAUCUGAAGGUGCCGGAUUUGAAGAGUAGGAAUGAGUGGGAUGGUGUCAGGUAUCCUUAUUGGGGUACCAUCGAUACUUAUAGACUGCCGACUUGCAAGUUCGUGGGUUGA